GAAAGACGCGUGUCCUGAUUGGUUGUGGCAUCAGCACGCCAGUACAGUGUUUGGAAUGGAAGCUGGAAGUUGAGACGAGAUCGGAGGUUGCCGAGUCAACUCUGGCAAUGUUUUAAUGUUUUAACUGCUCGAUGACGUUACUACCAUGAGCACAUUUUAAUCGGACGUUGACGUGAUGUUUCAAGUCGUUUAGCACAUGGAUUUAACGUAAAGAUCCGUUCGAAGGUGUUGCGUGGACAGGUCGCCGGCUAAUCACAAACCACUGGGCCGUGAGACGUCAGAUACUCCAAAUGCUCUUUCACUAGAUGUCAGACAUGAAUCAUUCCAAUGAGGAUGCUCCUCCGGCCGGCACCGUGCAGCAAAAGAGGAACAUACAAAUCAUCGAGUGGGAAGACUUGGACAAAAGGAAGUUCUACUCUUUUGGCGUCUUCAUCACCUUGAGCAUCAGGGCCACGGUCUACCCGGCGACCCUCAUCCGGACUCGGCUGCAGGUGCAGCGCGGCAAAUCGCUUUACAACGGCACUUUUGAUGCCUUUGUCAAGAUUCUGCGGGCGGAGGGUGUUCGGGGCCUGUAUCGCGGCUUCAUGGUCAACACCUUCACCCUCAUCUCAGGCCAGGCAUACAUAACCACCUAUGAGCUGGUGAGAAAGUAUGUCUCCAAAUACAGCGAUGACAACACAGUCAAGUCGGUGGUGGCGGGUGGCCUCGCUUCCAUGGUAGCGCAGAGCAUCACUGUCCCCAUAGAUGUGGGGUCACAGCAGCUGAUGAUGCAGGGGCAAGGGGAGCACCUCAGCCGCUUUCGCCCUAACGCCCACUCAGAGGCUGGCAAGCCCAGACGAGUGUUUGGCCAAACCAGGAGCAUAGUGGCGCAAAUAUUUGCUGCUGAUGGUUUACCGGGUUUCUACAGGGGGGCUCUGGCUUCUCUACUCACCUACAUCCCAAACAGUGCAGUCUGGUGGCCUUUUUAUCAUUUUUAUGCAGAGCAGCUGUCAAAUCUGGCCCCCUCUGGCUGUCCUCAUCUGGUCCUGCAGGCCAUGGCGGGUCCACUCGCUGCGGCCACCGCCUCCACCGUCACCAACCCCAUGGAUGUCAUCAGAGCCAGAGUGCAGGUUGAAGGUCGCAGUUCAAUCACCGAGACCUUCAGGCAGCUGAUCAAGGAGGAGGGCUUCUGGGGAAUGACCAAAGGGCUGUCGGCCCGCAUCAUUUCAUCCACCCCCACCGCCAUCGUCAUGGUGGUGGGCUACGAGAGCCUCAAAAAACUGAGCUUACGGCCAGAGCUGGUGGACUCCAGACACUGGUAGAAAUGACCGGUCACGGGGACCGUGGCAUGCACUGAUUCAAAGAGACUCAUAACGCUUGUUUUUUUAUGAAACAUACACUCCUAUGCUGGUGAAAAUCAAGAUUGGACACAAAAACAAGAAUACCUCACGUUUUUUUGUUGUUUUUUUUUUACCAAGAGACCAAAGGGGGAGUCAACCCCCCAAAAUUACUUCACAAUAAUAUGUUCUAUGCAGCCACCAGUCGUCUAAUUCUCAUGAAUUUUGCGAUUGUGGAAUAUGAGCGAAUCAGUAAAAUCCACCCGUUUUUGUCCAUCUUAGGGGGCGGCCAUUUUGCCAUUUAUUAUCGCGGCAAAAUGACAUCAGAGUUGCCCAAGUCUCAAGUAAUGACCAAUCACGGCUCAGCUUCAGAAAACGGUUGUGCUGUGAUUGGUGGUUACCUGAGCCCUAUGUCACUGUGAUGCCAUUUUCAGUUGCCAGAAAGUGUCAAAAAAUGGCCACCUUUUGAGAUGGCUAAAAACGGUUGGAUUUUGCUUAUUAUUCAGAAUACCGUGUUUAGACUAGUUGAGGCGCAUGAAACACAUUACUGUGAAGAAAAUGUUCUGGUUGACUUCCCCUUUAAGAAGUGUUUGCAGACUGAUUUUAUUUCUUCAUUCUGAGCAUGAACUGUGGUUAUGCAGUUGUGGGGAGAGUUUUGUCCUCUACUAUAAAUGUUUGAACAGCAAAUAGUGGGCCCUUACCCAAACCUGAUUUUUGUCAGUAACUAUUCAAUAGUGGGAGGUCAUCUAUUUGUUUUUUUCACUUUUUCCCAGGAAGUAAUGACAAAAGAUUUAUAUUUUCCCCGUGGUACAUUAAUUAAAUGUAAAUAUUUGUUCUCCCUAUGAAUAAAUGACAAAAAAAGCAAGUUCCAUGCAACUCACAAUCAUGUUUGUCCUUACUAUUUUAUGGUUUUAAGCACAACAUAAAUGGUGCAUUUACUGCUGAUGUCUUAAAAGAAUGUAUUGUGUGUAAUUUAUUCAUUUAUGUUAUAUUUGGGUGUUGCUGUUUUUAGGAAAGGAGCAGUUAUCUUUCUCAAUUGAAAAUAAAUCAUUCUGUGUAUAAAAAUAAAUUCUUAACACUGCGUUACUAAAUUGUGAGAACAAGCAGCGUGACGCGGUGGCUAUGUUUUUUUUUUGUACAGAUUCUUUGCACGGGCGCACUACCAUGACAAUUUACUUUUGUCCGUACUACUGAACAUCAAAAAAGUCCAUCUAUUAAAUCAUGCACCAGAAGUAAUUGUUUUGUAUAAUGAGGUCAUUUUUGCUUUUGAGAGUCUAUGCAUCACUUUCCUGUCACAUUGUCAAAGGCACCCUUUGCUGAACUUGGGGUCAAUACCAAAUCGCAAAUAAAAACAACUGUAAAGUAUUGUAUUGAUCAUAAAACAUUUGGGU